AUGGUAUAUAUUAAUAUCCUAUAUGGUUUUAUAAUAUAUUGUUUAUUUUCUAUUUGUCGAGGUAAAGAAGAGAGUAAUGGUAGUUUUGUAUCGUUUGAAGAAUGGAAACAAUCCAAGAAGGAUGGUUCUAAUGAGAUGAUGGAUCCCAAUGCAGGUAGUCGUAGAAUCAGAGAAGUAGCAGAUCCAUCCUGUUAUCGUGGAGGUGAUAGUUAUGGUGAAGAGAUGGAGAUAGAACUUGGGUUUUUGGGAGGUGAAGAAAUUGAACCAGAAGGUCGUGUAUAUAAAGAUAAGUACAACUAUGCAUCUUUAGAUUGUGCUGCAACUAUUGUGAAGACGAAUUCUGAGGCUUCGGGGGCAACCUCAAUCCUAUUAGAAAAUAAGGAUAAAUAUUUAUUGAAUCCAUGUUCUGCUGAGAGUCAAUAUGUUAUUAUUGAAUUAUGUGAGGAUAUAUUAGUGGAAGAAGUGGAAUUAGGUAAUUAUGAAUAUUUCUCUUCUACGUUUAAGAUUGUUAAAUUUUAUGUAAGUGAUAGAUUACCUGUUACUAAGAGUGGAUGGACUGUUAUAGGAGAAUUUGAAGCUGAGAAUAGUAGACAAUUACAAUCAUUUAUUAUUGAAAACCCCAGAAGAUGGGCCAGAUAUUUAAGAGUAGAGAUUGUCUCACAUUUUGGAGACGAAUUUUAUUGUCCAAUCUCUAUGUUGAAAGUACAUGGUCAAACAAUGAUGGAUGAGUUCAAAUUGGGUGAGACAGAACCGCAAUGUGAGGAGAGUAGCAAUGAAGUGAGCGAAGAAACCGUAAGGGUAGCAGAAGGAAAAGGGGAAGAGGAAGAAGAAGAAGUUAAGAGGGACAGUGUAAUAGACGAAAAAACUGACCAAGACUGUACUGAAAAAAUAAAGGAUACUGAAAAAGAAGAUGUAAUCGUUAAGAAGAAAAAAGAUGAGUGUUCCCAAGAAGAUAUGUGUUUUGAGAACAAAGCAAAACAAUGGUAUGAGAAUAGUUUUCAUGUAUUUGAAGUGGUAUCGAAUAAGACAGUGGACGGUAAAAUAGUUGAUACAUGUUUGAACAGUACACAAACGCCUCUUAAUGCUGGUCAAAUGAGGAAGCCUACUGAGGAAUCCAUCUUCAAGAAUAUGAUUAAACGAUUGAAUACUUUAGAGAGUAAUAGUACGCUAACUGUGCAAUAUAUAGAGGAACAGAAUAGGCUCCUUACACACUCAAUAAACAACAGUAUUGCGGAAGUGUUAGGAAUAGUCCGUUCAGAGCUGGCAUUAGCCCAAAGUAUGACGGAUUUAAAAAUUGCAGUUAUACAAAGAGAGCAACGCUUUCUGAUAGCCUUACUAGUUGUAAUAAUUUGCAUAGCAUCAUUAUAUACCUUUGGUAAACGUAGUAAUAUAAUUAUAUAG